AUGACAAGAAUUUAGAAUUCCUUUCUUACCAUAUAUUACUUCUAUGGUCUGUUAAUAUAUUUUCAUAUUUAUGAGACUUUAAAAUUAAUUAUUUUUGCAAGUUCUUAUGUUUAAUAUAAAUAUUAAAUAAUCUUCCACUUUGUAAAUUUAAUUAUGUAAACAAGAAAUUGGAGAAAGAAAAAACAACUUUUAGAAAAACUGGCCUAAAAAAAUGAAGCAAGUAUUAGAGCGAUAAAUAAUUGAUAGUAGCAAUGACAAAAAAUGACCAGUAGUUAUUUGACAGUAAUAGGGAAUUUUUCUAGAGGUUCUAGAAUUUCUAUGAAAAUGUUAAGGAUAUAAUUAUUCCAUCUUUAUAGUAAUCAAUUUUUGUAUUCAGGUUUCUAUAAGAAUAAUUUCAUAUCUCUGAAUUAUUAACUGACCAGGAAGUGCAUAAAUUACAAAGAGAUUUACAUGAAUAAUGGACACCAAAAUUACGAAAGAAUUGGACUGAUGAUGAUAAAUAGAUUCUUAUUUGGGUUGUAUUAAAAAUAUGUUCAAGGGAUGGAAUUAAUAUUAGAAAAAUUGUAAAUUUUUAUCUAAUUUAAGCCUAAUAAAAUAUGGGAAGAAGUAGUAUAAUUGAUUAGUAGACGUACAGUUGAAUAAUGUAAAAAUAAAUGGACCGAUUUAUUAAAAUUAUCAUUAUAAUAAAUACCUUGGACAGAGGAGUAAGAUCUAUUAUUACUAGAUUUAAUUAAGUAAAUUUGAUUAUGUAUUUUUAGAAAAAGCAAAGAAGAGGGUAAAUAAAAUAAAUGGUGUAGUUUAGCCAAUUUACUUAAUUUAUAAUUUAAAGAAUCUCCAAGAACAGGAAAGUAAUGUAGAGAAAGAUGGAAUAAUCAUUUAAAUCCAGAUAUUAAUAGACAUCCUUGGAAUCUUGAAGAAGAUAUAGAAUUAUUAGAAAUUGUAAAAAAGCAUUAAAGAAAAUGGGCAUUUAUUUCAAAAAAUUUAAAGACUAAAAGAAGUGAAAAUGCAGUUAAAAAUAGAUUUAAUUGUUUACUGAAAAAAAAUCAUUGCAAUUCUAUUACAACUCUCUUAAAUAUCUUAAAAAGUAGAUAUAAAUCUGAGAAUUAAGCUAUUCCUUUAUCAAUUCUUAAGAAAUAGAAAGCUCAUCAAUAUUUACCAAAAUAUUAGGAUCAUACCAAAUAAUAACAUAAUAUUUAAUCAACACCAUUUACAAUAGGGAUAUUUGAAACUCUUAAUUAAAGCGACCUAAUAAAUCUUCAACCAGCAUUUUACAAUCAACAUACAUAAUCUAUUAUAAUGAGUACUAAAUAAUAAUUAUAAAACUAUCUAAAUAAUCAAAUUGUUAAAGUAGAACAUGAAAUAGUAUUGAAUUUUGGAAGUGAAAUGAAUAAUUAAUAACCAGAAUUAUUAAAUCAUGGUUCUAGUAUACUCAAUAUAAAUGAUUCUUCAAAUUUUGUUAGAUAUGUACCAGGUAUGAUACCUAUUAUGGCUUAAAAUUAAUUAGGAAUAGAAGAUAAAAAGUAAUUAAUAAUAAUAAUAAUAAAUUUAGAUCUUAAUUUAAUAUUCCUGGAUUGCAAUUAUAAAUUAAUCAAUAAAAUGCAUUGUUAAGAAAUAAGAAUUGUAGUUCAUUCUAAUAUUUUUCAACUUAAUAAUAAAAUGAAAAUACAGAAAAAUCAAUUCAAAAUAAUAGUUCAAUAGAAUAAUAGUAAGAUUAAAGUACAAUUAGUUGA